CGAUGUUCACCAGAGUGCUGUGCCUGUGUGCCCUGGUCUCCAGCCCAGCGCUGGCACUGAGCUACCCGGGCUUCUUCCUGCGGACUCCGAGCAGAGAACCGCACAGGUCUUACCGCGAGGAGGAGGUCGGCGCCAAGCUGAUCCUCACCAGCUACAUAGAGGCUGGGAGGAUCGAGGAGGCCCGGAACCUCUCCAGAGUCACUGGGGGAGUGUUCCCUGCAGACAUCCCCAGCUACUCUGGCUUCCUCACGGUGGACAGGGCCUACGACUCCAACCUCUUCUUCUGGUUCUUCCCGGCUGAGCUCGCCCAGCAGAGCGCCCCCGUGCUGCUGUGGCUGCAGGGAGGCCCAGGCGCCUCCUCCAUGUACUCGCUGUUCGAGGAGACCGGGCCCUUCUCCGUGAGCGCUGACGGCGCGGCGCUGGACAGGAACCCCUACUCGUGGCACAAGAACCACUCCGUCGUCUACAUCGACAGUCCCGUCGGCACAGGCUUCAGCUACACAAGGAACUCUUCAGGCUACGCCACCAACGAAGUGGAAGUAGGAAGAAAUCUGUACAACGCGUUGUUGCAGUUCUUCACGAUGUUCCCAGAGCUUCAGAAGAAUGACUUUUUCAUCACUGGGGAGUCGUACGCUGGCAAGUACAUUCCAGCUCUUGGCCACACCAUACACAAGAACAACCCGAAUGCCAGCCUGAAGAUUAAUCUCAAAGGACUGGCGAUCGGCGACGGCUUCGUGGACCCGCUCAACAUGAUGCGCUACAGCGACCUGGUCUACCAGUGGGGGCUGGUGGACAACAACACCUGGGCCAAGAUGCAGGGCUACGAGAAGUGGGCCGCCACCUACAUCGAGAAUGAAGAUUACCUGCUCGCUGCGCAAAUGAUGGACGACGACCUGGCAGUCUUCCAGUACGCGUCGGACUUGAGCGUGUACAACGUGCUGGAGAACAACAGCAACACUGAGUACACCUUCGCGAGCUUCCUGCAGCAGGCGCGGGUGCGCGCGGCCAUCCACGUGGGCACCCAGAGAUACUUCGUGCUGAGCGACCUGGCGUACUCGCACCUGCACGGGGACCUCAUGCGCUCGACGAGGCCCUGGGUCGAGCAGCUCCUGGACAGCGGCUACCGCGUGGUGUUCUUCAACGGCCAGCUGGACGUGAUCUGCGGCUACCCGCUGACCGUGAAGGUGGUGGAGGCGCUGCGCUUCAACUCGGCGGAGCAGUACCGCCGAGCGCACCGCGUGGCGUGGCGGGUGGGCGGCCGGGUGGCCGGGUACGCGCGCUCGGCGGGCAACAUGACCGAGGUGCUGGUGCGAGGUGCCGGCCACAUGGUGGCCAAGGACCAGCCGGCCGCCGCCUUCGACCUCAUAUACAGGAUCACCAGGAACCAGUUGCCGCGACCACGAUCCUCGCGUGCCAGGGGUCCACGUAAUACCUCUGUACCAGGGGACAUGUAACCAUCUUGAAUUGGAAAACACAUAUGUAUUGAAUAUAGUCAUGGCAUUAUAAAGUCACAUCUCUUUAUGGUGAA